GCUCACAGUGCACACAGAAAAAAAAGAAAAAGUAGCGGAGCCGUUACAGGAAAGGGGGGCUCUUUUGAACGCUUUAGCUUGAAAUCAGAUGCUCCCUGUGCGGGAUGUGGAGGGAUCAGUGCAGGCGGCGAUGAAUGGAGCUGAGCGCGCAACUUCUCUCCAGUCCUGCCGCUGUUGUUGCUCCUGCUGCUGGAGUUUCCUCUAGGAUUUGCUUCUUGUGACGAGCUGGACUUUACUUCUUCUGCCAACAUGUAUUCAGCAGCAUUGCUACUGAUGCUGGCCAUCAGGAUCUACGCAGAUAGCAUGGAGGGACCAACAGCUGGCUGCACCUUUGAUGAGGACUCGGACCCUGGACUGUGUGAAUAUCGACAGGGCCAAGAAGAUGACUUUGACUGGCAGCUGAUCAGGACCUACAACUGGCCACACCCAACUCCGGAUCUUUUGCGAGGGUCCUUCAUGAUGGUGAAUUCCUCGCAGCAUUAUGGUGGCCAAAGGGCUCAGCUCCUUCUGCUCCCACUCAGUGAAAACGACACUCAUUGCAUCCAGUUCAGCUACUUCCUAUACAGCCGUGAUGGCCACAGCCCCGGGGACCUGCAAGUCUAUGUCCGGGUAAACUCGGGUCCCAAAGGCAGUGCAGUUUGGAAUAUCUCAGGCUCCCAGGGUCGCCAGUGGCACCAGGUGGAGCUUGCUGUGAGCACUUUCUGGCCCAGUGAAUACCAGGUCAUCUUUGAAGCGACUGUUUCUGAGGAGCGGCAGGGCUAUAUUGCCUUGGACGACAUAGUGCUGCUCAAUUACCCCUGUUACAAGGUGCCUCAUUUCUCUCGGCUGGGUGACGUGGAGGUGAAUGCCGGGCAGAAUGCCUCGUUCCAGUGUGUCGCCACGGGAAAAGUUUCUGAGGCUGAGCCCUUCCUACUGGAGCGGAGAAACGGCGUGCUGCUGGACACGUCCAUGCUGUCUCGGUUGAGUCACAAGCGGCUGAUGGCGACUUUCCAGGUGGAGGCACAGCGUGGAGAGCAGGACCUCUACCGCUGCAUCACCCUGUCCCCCAGAGGUGCCGCCGUCUCCAACUUUGGAGAACUCAUCGUCAGAGUGCCACCAACACCCAUUGCACCCCCCCAGCUUUUGCGGGCAGGUCCCACCUAUCUGAUCAUCCAGCUCAACACUAACUCCAUCGUGGGGGAUGGACCGGUCAUUCGGCGGGAAAUCCAGUACCGGGCUAGCCAGUCCACUUGGACAGAGACUCAUGGUGUGGGUUCGCUUACAUACAAGGUUUGGCACCUGGAGCCAGACACAGAGUAUCACAUCAGUGUCCUGCUAACCCGGCCUGGGGAAGGAGGCACCGGAGCACCCGGGCCCCCACUGAUCAGCAGGACAAAGUGUGCAGAGCCCAUGCGUGCCUUGCGUGGUCUGACAGCCACAGAGAUCCAGCCCCGGCAGCUGACCCUCCAGUGGGAGCCACUGGGAUACAACCUCACCCGCUGUCACACCUACACCUUGUCACUGUGCUACCGCUACUCAAUGCCAACAGGGGGCAGUGGAGGAAACAACGCGACCGUCAGGGAAUGCCUGUCUGUGGAUCGCAACACUUCUCACUUUACCCUGAGAGACCUGCCACCCUUUCGUGCGGUACACGUUCGGCUGGCGCUCGCCAACCCAGAGGGCAAGAAGGAGAGCAGAGAGGUCACCUUUCAGACUGAGGAAGACAUUCCUGGCGGCAUCGCUCCAGAGUCCCUGACCUUCACCCCGCUCGACGACAUGAUAUUCCUCAAGUGGGAGGAACCCGUAGAGCCAAACGGUCUCAUCACACAGUAUGAGAUCAGUUACCAGAGUAUUGAGUCAUCAGAUCCAGGUAUUAAUGUGCCAGGUCCUCGCCGUACAGUGUCCAAGCUGAGAAAUGAGACCUACCACAUGUUCUCAGGCCUCCAUCCUGGAACCACUUACCUGGUGUCUGUCCGGGCCAGAACUGCCAAGGGCUUUGGCCAGACUGCACUCACUGAGAUCACCACCAACAUUUCUGCUCCGGUGUUUGACUAUGAAGAUAUCCCUUCUCCACUGAGUGAGUCGGAGAGCACCAUCACCGUGCUGCUGCGCCCAGCCCUGGGGAGAGGGGCUCCUGUCAGUGCCUACCAGGUAGUGGUGGUGGAAGAGGAUGGGUCCCGUCAUGUGAAGAGGAGGGAGCUGGGCACCGUGGACUGUUUCCCUACUCCAAAUUCCCACAAUGAGGCUCAGGCCAAAGGGGCUCCACAUUACUAUACAGCUGAGCUGGCUCCCAGCAGUCUGCCAGAGGCCACGCCUUUCACAGUGGGUGAUAAUCACACCUACAAUGGCUACUGGAACAGUCCUUUAGACCCAACCAAGAACUACCUCAUCUACUUCCAGGCCACCAGCAACUUCAGAGGGGAGACCAGAAUAAACUGCAUUCGGAUUGCUCGCAAAGCUGCUUGUAAAGAUUCGAAGAGGGCUCUGGAGGUAUCCCAGCAUGCCGAGGACAUGGGCCUAAUCCUGGGAGCCUGCGCUGGCGGCCUCGUGGUUCUCAUUCUACUGCUGGGGGCCAUCGUCAUUAUCGUCAAGAAGGGAAGGGACUUCUAUUCUUACCCUUACUACCCUAGGAAGAAGGUGGCCAUAAACAAGGCAGCCAUGUCCUACAGGCAGGAGAAGAGUCGGAAGCUGAGCUCUCUGGAUUGCAGCAUGACAGAACAGAGCACUCUCCAGCAAGACGAGAGGAUGGCCCACUCCUUCAUGGAUGCCCAUGGCUGCAAUGCUCGAAAUGAGCAGCGUAGCUCCGUCAAUGAGUCUAGCAGUUUACUGGGAGGCUCACCCCAACGUCACUGUCGGAGGAAAAGCUCGCCAUAUCACACGGGUCAGCUCCAUCCUGCUGUAAGGGUGGCUGACCUCCUCCAGCACAUCAACCAGAUGAAGACAGCUGAGGGAUAUGGUUUCAAACAAGAGUAUGAGAGUUUUUUCGACGGCUGGGAUGUCACAAAAAAGAAGGACAAGACCAAAGGGAGGCACGAUAGCCUGCUAAGCCAUGACCGUCAUCGAGUCAAGCUCCACUCCCUUCUUGCCGAUCCCAGUUCCGAUUAUGUCAAUGCCAACUACAUAGACGGCUACCAGCGAUCAAACCACUUCAUUGCCACUCAAGGCCCCAAGCAAGAGAUGAUCUACGAUUUCUGGCGGAUGGUUUGGCAGGAGAACUGCUUCAGCAUUGUCAUGAUCACCAAGCUGGUGGAGGUGGGCAGGAUGAAGUGCUGUAAGUAUUGGCCCGAUGACACAGAGCUCUACGGUGACAUCAAGAUAACACUGCUGAAGACUGAAACACUUGCAGAGUACACUGUGCGCACCUUUGCCAUGGAGAGGAGAGGUUACCCUGCCAAACACGAAGUGUGCCAGUUCCACUUCACCUCUUGGCCCGAGCACGGCGUGCCGUACCACGCUACGGGCCUGUUGGCUUUCCUGCGCCGGGUCAAGGCCUCGACUCCUCCUGAUGCUGGACCUGUGGUGGUCCACUGCAGCAUGGGAGCAGGCAGGACCGGCUGCUACAUCGUUCUAGAUGUCAUGUUGGAUAUGGCUGAGUGUGAAGGAGUGGUGGACAUCUACAACUGUGUUAAGACCCUCUGCUCACGUCGCAUCAACAUGAUCCAGACUGAAGAACAGUAUGUUUUCAUCCAUGAUGCCAUCCUGGAGGCUUGUCUGUGUGGAGAGACUGCCAUCCCUGUGACUGAGUUUGCGCUCACUUACAAAGAAAUGCUAAAGGUCGACUCACAGAGCAACACUUCGCAGCUGAAGGAGGAGUUUCAGACUCUGAACUCUGUGACUCCUCACCUGGAUGUGGAGGAGUGCAGCAUCUCCCUGAUGCCCCGGAACCGUGAGAAGAACCGCAGCAUGGAUGUGCUGCCACCGGACCGCUCGCUGGCCUUUCUCGUCACCACAGAGGGAGAGAGCAGCAACUACAUCAACGCAGCGCUCGCAGACAGCUUCCUCCGGCCUGCUGCCUUUGUGGUGACGCCACACCCACUGCCCGGCACAACCACCGACUUCUGGAGGCUCGUGUACGACUACGGCUGCACCUCUGUGGUGAUGCUCAAUCAGCUCAACCAGUCCAACUCAGCCUGGCCUUGUCUGCAGUACUGGCCUGAACCUGGCCUGCAGCAGUUUGGACCCAUGACCGUGGAGCUUCUGUCUAGGACAGCUGACGAUGAUGUUAUAAUCCGUCUCUUCCGGGUUCAGAAUAUAACUCGGCUUCAGGAAGGCCAGCUUGUUGUGCGUCAUUUCCAGUUCCUGCGUUGGUCUCCGUACCGUGAUGUGCCCGACUCCAAGAAAGCCUUCCUGAGCCUUUUGGCUCAGGUUCACAACUGGCAGAGGGAGUGUGGGGAAGGACGCACCGUCGUUCAUUGCUUGAGUAGGAAUGGCGGCGGCCGAAGCGGUACUUUCUGUGCUUGCACCAUGAUCCUGGAAAUGAUUCGACACCACAGCAUGGUGGAUGUGUUCUUUGCUGCCAAAACGCUGCGCAACUCUAAGCCAAACAUGGUGGAGACAAUGGAACAGUACCGGUUCUGCUAUGACCUGGCCCAGGAGUACCUGGACUGUCUGGAAGUCAGAUAGCAUCUAUCCCUUUCAUCUCGUCAAUCCUCAAGUAGACGGUCCAGAUCCUGGACCCUGCAUCUUGGAUCUUUGCUCCUGCCUCCUUAGUCCAUGUAAGCAGCUCUGUUUUUCUCGUUUGCAACGCCUGGAUGAAACAUCGGCCAUAAAGGCUGAUAGAGAAAGUUCCCUGGAAAAUUUGUAAUAUACUACUGACACUCUUUUUGGCUUUUUCUCUGCGCUCUGAUCCAACCCGUACUCUUUUUUUUUUUGUUUUUUGUUUUUUGGCCACUCUACAUCUGCCAAAAUGUGGAACACUACAGGAGUGGAGUUUAUUUUAUAAAACCACUGUCAACGCAAGCCGGACUACCUGUUGUACAACUCACUGACUGGAUACAAAGAUCUCUGCUGUAUCCUGCCUUACUAUGAACGCUGAACACUGAUAGGCCAGGCACUGGAUGAUAUUUUGUGUUUGUUUGUAACAUUGUAAAUGGUGCAAUCUGCUGUUGGUGAACAUCCCAUGUUGUACUAUAUUAUAUUUGAAUUUAUCGUGGGUGGGGCUGAUGGUUAAAGGGUUAAGUGAGGCUGAGUUGGAAAGGGGUCGGUCACAUCCAAUGGACAUAUCUGUACAGUGAAGUUGUCUUGGACCUAAUUUCUCCUUAUUUAUUUUUUGUGUAUAUAGAUAUUUCUUUCCCUUCCCUCGGGUGUUUUUAGAUGUUCUUAACGUCUCUCAGUGUGCCAAUCCAUUCUCUCUGUGUCUGUAAAAGGGGUAGGGUUCAACAUCUGCAUGCCCAGUCUUAAGUGUUCCAUUGCAGUGUGUGGCCCAAGUCUGCUUUAGGGUGGGUUCUGCAAAAACGAAUCCCUCUGCUAGUCCUGAGAGCUCCAUAAAAGUAACCAUGUGUUGCUGUGAGAAUACAGUGAAAAUCUGUUGCUUUCUAAAUUUGUAUUUAUUCAAUGUGUUUUCUUUUCUAAAUAGUGUAUAAAACAGGAAAAGAAAUAAAAUAUGCUGUUGCCGCAUAGCCACACUUUUUGAAGAGG